AGGACAAGAUGAGGUGGGGCCUUGCUUUCCUCCUACCCCAUCUGUUCGUUCUCAGCUCUGCUGUUGGAGGAUUGGAGAAUCGGAGCCUCUGGACCUCUGACUUUCCGGAGGCUUUGACUGUAGCUCCAACUUCAGUUUUAACUUGGCCAAAAGGCCAUGCUGCAGCCACAGCUUGGCCAAAAGGCCAUGCUGCACCCCAGUCAUUUUCCAAUUUCACCGGCUCUGUGGAUGAACGUGGAACCUGCCAGUGCUCUGUUUCUCUGCCAGACACCACCUUUCCUGCGAACCGAGUGGAACGCUUGGAGUACAUAGCUCACACCCUGUCUGUGAAGUUUGAGAAGGAGCUUUCUAAAGUGAAGAAAUAUGUUCAAUUAAUCAGUGUGUAUGAAAAGAAACUCUUAAACCUAACUGUCCGAGUAGAGAUCAUGGAGAAGGAUAGCAUUUCUUACACAGAACUGGACUUUGAGCUGAUCAAGAUAGAAGUGAGCGAGAUGAAGAAACUGAUCAUACGGCUGAAGGAGAAUUUUGUUGGAAGCACAGAAAUUGUUGACCAGCUGGAAGAGGAGAUAAGGAAUAUGUCUCUCCUGGUAGAGGAUCUGGAGACACUAGACAAAAACAAUGUCCUUGCCAUUCGCCGAGAAAUCGCGGCCCUAAAGAACAAGCUGAAGGAAUGUGAGACCUCUAAAGAGGAAAACUAUCCAGUCAUCCUGCCUCCUGCUCCAGGAAGCUGUAGUCACGGUGGUGUGAUGAACAUCAGCAAACCGUCUGUGGUUCAGCUCAACUGGAGAGGGUUUUCCUUUCUUUAUGGUGCCUGGGGUCGGGAUUACUCUCCCCAGAAUCCAAAGACAGGGCAGUAUUGGGUGGCGCCUUUGGAGACGAAUGGGAGGACAUUGCAAUAUUACAGACUCCACGACACUCUGGAUGAUUUGCUAUUGUACUCAAAUGCUCGAAGCUCUCAGAUUGGCUAUGGCCAAGGCAGUGGUACAGCAGUUUACAACAACAACAUGUAUGUUAAUUGGUACAACACUGGGAAUAUUGCCAGAAUUAACCUGACCACUAACAGGGUUGCUGUGACUCGAGCGUUGCCUAAUGCUGCCUAUAAUAACCGUUUUUCAUACGCUAAUGUUGCUUGGCAAGAUAUUGACUUUGCUGUGGAUGAGCAUGGACUGUGGGUGAUUUAUGCCACGGAAGCCAGCACUGGUAACAUAGUGAUAAGCAAACUCAAUGACACCACCCUCGAGGUGCUGAAUACUUGGUUUACGAAGCAGUACAAACCGUCUGUUUCUAAUGCCUUCAUGGUUUGUGGGGUUCUCUAUGCCACCCGUACGUUGAACACCAGAACAGAAGAGAUUUUUUACUACUAUGACACAAACACAGGGAAAGAAGGGCAUCUGAGCAUUACAAUGAAUAAGGUGAAGGAAAGAGUGCAGAGCAUCAAUUAUCACCCCUUUGACCAAAAACUCUAUGUCUAUAAUGAUGGCUACCUUCUGAAUUAUAAUCUUAUCUUCCUACAGCAACCCCAGGAAACUGCUAGGCAUUAGGAUGAAAUAGAAAUAAAAUGUUUGUUGAAAAUGAUCUCCACUUUUUACAUAUCUGUAGAGGAAUCUAGAAGUGUGUUUCUUUAGCAGUGAUAUUUAGGUGCAUAGUUCUACCACUCUAGGGACUUAGGAUAUUUGCUCUCAUUUGAUGAUGAUUUCUCUUGAGAGUCAUCUGUGUUUUGGGAUGCACUUCCCAACUAAAAUAAAGUUCUUCUAGGGUGGGAUUGUCAGAGGUCUGGGGUACCAUGGGUCUAAUAAAACCUGUAGUGAGGUGACAUCUGGAAAUUACAGAGAACUCAGUAUGGAUUCUAGGGAUUCUUUGUACAGGAAAAUUUGCUGAAUGACCAUCCUUAUCCAUGUAGCCUCACUGAUGCAUGCCUGAAAGCAACCUGGGGCUUAAUUAGGCAGAUUAACAUCUGAAGGAGGUUGAGGGACCAAAUUUCCCCUAAGCUCCUGGAAAGACACUUUGUACAUACCAGUCAAGUAAAUUUUACCUGCUAAAUUAUAUAUGCAAGGUGCUCUGAGUUUUCUGGAGAAAAGACCUUUUAUGCACUAAGUUGUACACCCCAAAUAAAUCUCAGGAAGAUCUUCGGAUGAGGUUCUGGACUUUACUUUUCUCUCAUUGUCCACCUACAGAAGAGUCAGUGGAAUCCUCUACCUUGUAAUUUAAUUCCAAAGCAGUUCAGAAAUUUAGAACCAGUCUGACCAACCAAUUCCCCCAACCCCCCUCUACUGCUUGCUUUUUAUUAUUUAAAAAAUUUAACCAGUUUUCUAUGGAACAGAUAUAAGUAAAAAAAAUAAUUUUCUUUUGUCUUAUUAUGAACUUUUAUUUACGUGGCUCUAAAAUUGUAAGAAAAUCAGAUGACUAUGAAAAAAUGAUGGCAUUUCUGGUUCUAAAAUAGAGACCUAGGAGCAUACAUGAGGCAUUCACUGACUUCAACUGUUUCACGUGACUUUUGUCUUUGUGGGGAACUCGUAAGAAAACAAAAUUUAAAAGUUUUUUUUUUCUUUUUCCAGGAAGGGAUGUAGGAAAUCUAAGAAAUCUGUGCAGUGGUUUAAAGCCUUGUGGGCUGGGUACUUCCAUGCUUUUGGAUGGCUUUAUCAUCUGGUUGUGGCUAUUUUCUAUUUAUGUUCAAGUUCUUGUGUAUAGAAUUGGAUCAAACACUGUACUUCUCCUUUUUAAGUAAGUGAUUAAAGUGUGCUUUGAAAAAUUCA